AUUAAGAGGCUGAAGCAAACAGCCCCUUAGACUUGUUUUUUUCCAUUUUUUCCCAUGUACCAAGUACGUUCUCCAAUUGUUGCUCUAACUCGGUUGGGUUUCUUUGAUCUGAUGUUAGAGCCAACUGAGAUAGGCUUAGCUGAAGGAUGCAUAUUAUCACUACGGCGCUGCUUUGGCCUUCAAUCUCAACCACCGCCUGUAAUCAUCGUCCUCCGCCGUAUCUGUCACCGUUUAGUGGAAGAGAAAGAAGAAGAAGAAGAAGACCUUGUUUGCUUUCUUCAAUAACCGAAAAGGGCGCUCUCUCCCAUCGCAUAUCUACUCAUUCUGGUUCGAUUUCGGUUUCUUCGACUACUUCAAUUCUGUCCCUGAGCAUACCGAGGAGAAAUGUAAAAUAUCAGGCCGUCGGAGACAGUUCAUCGCCUCCUUCAGAUUCAACAGUAGUUUAUCAAGGCUUUUAUGGUCCGUGGACCGUCGAAGACUCCGACGUCCAGGAGGUCAUUCUAUAUCGAUCGGGAUUAGUAACGGCUUCUAUGUCAUUUGUUCUUGCAUCGUCCGCAGUUUUGCUUCCGGGAGAUUUGUUGUUAAGGGACUUCAUUAGGAGAAACCUGGAUGUCUUUUACAUGCUUGGAGUUGGAGGAUUGGGGCUAUCUCUCUAUCUAAUUCACAUCUAUGUAACACAAAUCAAACGCACACUCCAAGCACUUUGGAUGUUAGGUGUCUUUGGAUCAUUGGGGACAUAUUAUGUGCUUGCUCAACCUGCUGGGUGCAAUUUAGUACAAUAUGUUACUGAAAAUCCGACGGCUGUCUGGUUUGUUGGCCUGGUCUUUGCCGCGCUGACAGGGCUUGUCUUCAAGGAAGGCCUUUGCUAUGGAAAGUUGGAAGCUGGAAUUCUCACUUUCAUCAUCCCAUCGGUUCUUUUAGGGCACCUGACUGGAUUGAUGGAUGACAGUGCAAAAAUUACCCUAUUGGGCGUUUGGGCGGGACUUUUUGUGCUGUUCGCAGGAAGAAAAUUCACGCAACCGAUAAAGGAUGAUAUAGGAGACAAAUCUGUGUUCACAUUCUAUGCUCUACCAGAAGAAGAGAAAGCAGCAGUGGUUGAGAAACUUGGGUUGCAGAGGCAGCAUGAAACCUCGGAGUAGCAUUGCCUUGAUCAUUUUAGGACAGUAAUGUAUGUAUCAUGCCUUCUUAUCUUGGCAUUACUCAACCUAAUGACUUAUAGAUAAACCAAUCAUCCAUUGUUACAUUUAUUUGUACCUAAAGGAAUUUAAUAGAUGGAACAUAAUAUUUGGUAUAAUACUCUCUGUCCCAAAGUGAACUUCUCUUUCUUUUUUAUUUGGACCAAAAUAAACUGUUCAUUCCAUU